AUGGGCGGGGCACAAGGCGGGGCGCAGGGUGCUGAGGUGCGCUCGGGCGCCUCGGUCUCGCCCACCGGCGCCUCGGAGCUCGCAGUCGUGCCGCACUCGCCAGUCUUAUCGCGCGCACCGUCACCACGGCUCCAGCUUUGUCCUCAAUUACGGCCGAUAUGUAGCAACCGCUCACUACCAACUCGUUUCCACUACACCUGGUACCGGAACGCAAAGGGUGCCAGCGACAUGAUAAUGCUAUUCAAAGGCAACAGCAGCAGACUAGAACAUCUAAUAGAGAAGAUACAGGCAAACAAGGAAAAUCACGACGUGACGCCAGAAGAUUUGAAACAAGCCCUGGGAAGCGUUGGGAGCACGGCGGGCAGCUCCUGGCCGUCGUCGACUCCAGAGCCGUCCCCAUCACCGUCCUCCACUCCUACUUCGGCAGAUGCCGUUGACGCUGAAGCUGAAGUCGAGCCUCCUUUCACUCUCGGUGCUACCGAACACACACCAUACAAGUGCCAAUUUUGUGAAAAAGCAUUCCCUAGGCUGUCUUACCUUAAGAAACAUGAGCAGACACACUCGGAUCAGAUGCCGUUCCGAUGUGAAUUCUGCUCCCGUCUCUUCAAACACAAACGAUCCCGUGAUCGUCACGUCAAGUUGCACACUGGUGAUAGAAAGUAUCGCUGUGCACAUUGCGAAUCUGCAUUUUCAAGAAGUGACCAUUUGAAGAUCCAUAUGAAAACACAUGACAAUCAAAAACCAUUCCAAUGCACAGUGUGUAAUAGAGGAUAUAACACGGCUGCGGCACUAACAGCACAUAUGCAAGGACAUAAGCGCGAUCGUGAAGGUCGUGAAACUGACCGAAAGCGAGCUUUGCGUUGCCUGCGUUGUGGCGACGCGUUUCGCCGCCCAGAUAUGCUACAAGCUCAUAUGGCAACUGCUCAUGGAGUAGAUACAUCUGCCAUGACACCACCUCGUCGAGUAGCAUCUCAACCGCCACCUACUUUACUCGCUUGCAUUUACUGCACUCGAGAUACUUUUACGAGCAUGGAACAACUACAACUACACGUACGCGCAGCGCACUCUGCGUUAUUGAAUGGAGAGUCACCAAUACAUCACACAAUAGACCAACCCGCGCCCACUGAUCUUAGUAGACGAAGUCCAGGGGAAAUUUCCCCUGCUAAACGGGCAAGGUUGAGUUCUGAUUCAUUAACACCGAAGACUACAAUGUCCCCAAAUACACUUUUAUGCAAUCAGUGUGACGCAGCCUUGCCAGAUUUUGAAGCUUUUCGAGCUCAUUUAAAGGGUCAUAUUGAAGAAGGAGGAGAGUUGGGAAGAUCUAGUCCUACUCCAUGUCUCCAUUGUGGUGCAACAUUCGCAGAUGCAGCAGCAUCAGAACGACAUCUGACUGCACAUUAUCUCGCCGUAUCUUGCGAAUACACGUGUCAUAGUUGUGUACGCAGCUUUACCUCUCCCGAAGAUUUACAGAAACACCUUUUCGAUCUCCACACUCAUCAUCUAUACCGAUGUACAUUAUGCAAGGAAAUAUUUGAUUCAAAAGUGGCUAUUCAGGCUCAUUUUGCAGUAGCUCAUAGUGGUGAGAAUAAAGUAUGGGUAUGUCGGUCGUGCGGUGCGGGCGGCGGUGCGCUGCGUAGCGAGGCGGAGGGUGCAGCGCACGUGCGUGCGCGGCACGCGGCGGCGCGGUGCGCGUGCGGCGCCGUGCUGGCGGGCGCGCGGGCGCUGCGUGCCCACGCCGCCACACACGCCUACCGAUGCCCCAUACCCGCCUGUACUGAAACCUUCGCAGUUCAGUACUUACUGGAACGACAUAUGCAAGGGCAUCAUGUCACACAUCAGGGAUUAAAUGGAGACGUAACAAGAGCUAAACGAUCAGAAAACAACAAUGCCGUUGAAGGUGAAGACGCUUGCUCCCCGUGUGGGCCUGGAGACAACGGCCUAGCUGUUGGCGAGGAACGCCGUCGCAAGAACGGUGCGGUGGCGCUGCAGUGCGCGUACUGCGGCGAGCGCACGCGGAGCCGGGCCGAGCUAGAGGCGCAUACGCGUGCUCACUCCGGCUCUGGCGCCGCGCGGCACAAGUGUCUCAUUUGUGAUGAAGUACUGCCUUCCGCUGGGAUUUUAGCUGAACAUAAAUUAACUCAUUGCAAGGUGAUCGCAGGAGAUACUUGUGCGCGAUGUCGCUCACGACUACCUUCGGAAGAGGCUUUCUUGAGUCAUAUGGCACGUCAUCAUCCAGCGCUCCCGGCACCAUGCGUCGUUUGUCGUCAGACAUUAGCUUCAGAAGCUGAAGCGCGCUUACACGCAAGAUUUCACCUACGACCUGCUGAAGAUGAACAAAGGUGCGCAAUUUGUCUAAGAGCUCUAACUGAAAAUGAAGCCGGGGAAGGUGCAAGAGCUUGUUCAUCUUGUUACGCUCGUCACUCAACUCCAAGGCCCCCAGCCUCGUCUGAACACGAUUGUCGAUUGUGUCGACGCACUCUCGGUUCGCCCACACGCUUACAGGCACAUCUAAUUGAACAUACUUUUGCUGGCAUUGGGGCAUUUACUUGUUAUUUAUGCUCUGCCAUGUUUACUAGCGCUGCUGGGCUACAAAGACAUUUACCGGAACACGCAGCGGCGCCUAGGCCCUAUGACUGUGGUAGAUGUGGGUUAAAGUUCUUCUUUCGAGCUGAACUUGACAACCACGCUUUUGUACAUCUCGAGGAAGCUGAAAUAGCUCAAAGAGCGUUUUAUGAGGCGUACGCUAGAGGAGCUGCUUCAGCUUGGGCGGCUUUACAACCCACAGAGUUAGUACCGCAACCUUCGGCUUCGACGCCUGCGCCCGUGACAGAAGUGCCGAUAAAGCAAGAACUAGAAAUAAAGGAAGAACGAAAUGAUGAAUAUAUAGAAGUAUCAUCUCCUCCUCCUUCUGCUCCUUUACAAUCAGAGGCGACAUUAUCGCCACCGGUAGUGAAACAGGAGAAAACUAACGAAGAC